AUGCUGUCGUCUGACCCAUACGAUCCUAUGGAGGAUGCGUAUGAGACCAGUGGCAACAUUCCGGACUACGCUCACGAUGAGCUAUAUCAUAAUAGUGAAAACAAGUCCUGGGGUCAAGUGGUACCUGGUAAAGUAGGACUGUAUGACCCAGACUACGAACACGAUGCCUGUGGUGUCGGUUUUGUUGCAAAUGUCAACGGCUUGCAAUCGCAUAAGAUUGUCUCUGAUGCAAGAUCGCUAUUAUGCAACAUGACUCAUCGUGGUGCUGUUUCUUCUGAUGGUAAUGGUGAUGGUGCGGGUAUUCUGGUCGGUAUUCCACAUGGCUUCAUCAAAAGAGAAUUCAAGUUAGAUCUAGGCAUCGAAGUACCUGAACGUGGUCAGUAUGCUGUUGGUAACGUUUUCUUCAAAAAGGAUGACUCCGAUGACGAAACGUUGAGUGAGAAAAGCAAAGCUGAAAUUAGAGUAAUGCAACAAAAAUUCGAAGACACCGCACGUAACUUCAACUUAAAUGUGGUGGGAUGGAGAAAUGUUCCCCAUGACUCUUCUAUUCUUGGAGAUGUAGCAUUAUCCCGUGAACCUGUCAUAUUGCAAACAUUGGUGGUACCACUAGACUCCAACGAAUUAGUGGAAUUCAACGAAACCGUGUUUAAGACAAACUUAUACUUGUUCAGAAAGUUUAUCACAAAGCAAUUCAAGCCUGAAGAUUGUUUCUACGUUUGCUCUUUGAGCAAUUCCACAAUUGUCUACAAAGGUCAAUUAACUCCAAAUCAAGUUUACAACUACUAUCAUGAUUUAACGAAUGCGCAUUUCGAAUCCCAUAUGGCUUUAGUCCAUUCAAGAUUUUCAACUAAUACUUUCCCAUCAUGGGAUAGAGCACAACCAUUAAGGUGGGUGGCUCACAAUGGUGAAAUCAACACUUUAAGAGGUAAUAAGAAUUGGAUGCGUUCUAGAGAAGGUGUUAUGGUCUCUGAAACUUUCAAAGAUAAAUUGGAUUCUUUGUAUCCAAUUAUUGAAGAAGGUGGCUCUGAUUCUGCUGCAUUAGAUAAUGUCCUAGAACUUUUAACAAUUAACGGCACUCUUUCAUUACCUGAAGCUAUCAUGAUGAUGGUGCCUGAGGCUUAUCACUCUGAUAUGGACUCAGACUUGAAGGCAUGGUAUGAUUGGGCUGCUUGUCUAAUGGAACCAUGGGAUGGCCCUGCUCUACUAACUUUUACAGAUGGUAGAUACUGUGGUGCCAUUUUAGAUAGAAAUGGUCUGAGACCAUGUCGUUACUAUGUUACUUCCGAUGAUAGAGUUAUCUGCGCCUCUGAAGUAGGUGUUAUCCCAAUUGACAACUCCUUGGUUCUUCAGAAAGGUAAGCUGAAACCUGGCGAUGUUUUCCUAGUCGACACUCAACAAGGACAAAUUGUCGAUACAAAGAAACUUAAAAGUGAUUUCUCCAAGAGAGAAGAUUUCAAGUCUUGGUUAUCUAAGGUUAUCAAGUUGGAAGAUUUACUUCAGAAGACAGAAAACUGUGAACCAGAGGAUUUUGUGCUGAAUGCUCCUUCACUGAAAGUUCAAAGUGAUCCAAGAUUACUAGCUCAUGGCUACACUUUCGAACAAUUUUCAAUGCUACUUACUCCAAUGGCACUAACAGGCAAAGAAGCUCUUGGUUCUAUGGGUAAUGAUGCUCCAUUAGCUUGCCUGAACCAAGAUCCUGUUUUAUUAUAUGAAUAUUUCAGACAAUUAUUCGCACAAGUGACAAAUCCACCAAUCGACCCUAUUCGUGAAGCAAAUGUUAUGUCUUUAGAUUGUUACGUUGGACCCCAAGGUAACUUACUAGAAAUGCAUCCAUCCCAAUGUGAACGUCUGUUAUUGAAGUCCCCAAUAUUAAAAUGGAAUGAAUUCAAAGCUAUUCAAAAUAUUGAAAAAGUAAAUCCUUCAUGGAGUGUUGCUAAUAUAGAUAUAACAUUUGAAAAAUCUGAAGGUAUUGAAGGCUAUAUCAAUGCUGUCGAACGUAUUACUAAAGAUGCAAGUAUUGCAAUUGAAGAAGGUAAGAAGAUUCUUAUUAUAUCCGAUAGAAGAAUGGGUGAACACCGUGUUGCAUUGUCUUCAUUACUAGCGGUUAGUUCGAUACAUCACCAUUUGAUUAGAAAUAAACAGCGUACCGAAGUUGCAUUAAUUUUGGAGACUGGUGAAGCAAGAGAAAUUCAUCACUUCUGUGUUUUACUUGGUUAUGGUUGUGAUGGUAUUUUCCCUUACUUAGCAAUGGAAACACUAAUCAGAAUGAACAGAGAAGGUUUAGUACGUAAUGUUAACAAUGACGACCAUGAUCUUACUGAUCAAGAACUGGUCGAGAACUAUAAACAUGCCAUCGAUAGUGGUAUCUUGAAAGUUAUGUCUAAAAUGGGUAUUUCCACUUUGGCAUCAUACAAAGGUGCCCAAAUUUUUGAAGCUCUUGGUAUUGAUUCAUCCGUUAUUGACUUAUGCUUUACUGGUACUUCUUCAAGAAUUAAGGGUGUAACCUUUGAGUAUAUUGCACAAGAUGCCUUCUCCUUUCACGAAAAGGGUUAUCCAUCAAGAAUGACAAUCACUAGAUCUGUCAAUUUACCUGAAACUGGUGAAUAUCACUGGAGAGAUGGUGGAUACAAGCAUGUUAAUGAUCCAACAGCCAUUGCUGCACUACAGGACUCUGUAAGACACAAGAAUGACGAUGCUUGGAGUUUAUAUGUCAAGAAGGAAAUGGAAGCAAUUAAGGACUGUACUUUAAGAGGGUUGCUUGAACUGGAUUUUGAAAAUUCUACACCUAUUCCUAUCGAACAAGUUGAACCAUGGACUGAAAUUGCUAGAAGGUUUGCGUCAGGUGCUAUGUCUUAUGGUUCUAUUUCCAUGGAAGCGCAUUCAACACUAGCAAUCGCCAUGAACCGUCUCGGUGCCAAAUCUAACUGUGGUGAAGGUGGUGAAGAUGCAGAACGUUCAUUGGUUCAUCCAAAUGGUGACACCAUGAGAUCAGCAAUUAAGCAAGUUGCUUCAGCUAGAUUCGGUGUUACUUCUCAUUAUCUUUCUGAUGCUGACGAAAUUCAAAUUAAAAUUGCACAAGGUGCCAAGCCUGGUGAAGGUGGUGAAUUACCAGCUCAUAAAGUAUCUAAAAGCAUUGCCAAGACUAGACACUCCACCCCAAAUGUUGGUUUGAUAUCUCCACCUCCACAUCACGAUAUUUACUCUAUUGAAGAUUUGAAACAAUUGGUGUACGAUCUGAAAUGUGCUAAUCCAAGAGCCGGCGUAUCAGUGAAAUUAGUUUCUGAAGUCGGUGUUGGUAUUGUGGCAUCAGGUGUAGCUAAAGCAAAGGCUGACCACAUCUUAAUUUCAGGUCAUGAUGGUGGUACUGGUGCCUCUAGAUGGACCAGUAUUAAGUAUGCCGGUUUACCUUGGGAAUUAGGUCUAGCUGAAACUCAUCAGACCCUAGUGUUGAAUGAUUUGAGACGUAAUGUUGUUGUCCAAACAGAUGGUCAAUUAAGGACAGGUUUUGACAUUGCUGUUGCUGUAUUGUUAGGUGCUGAAUCAUUUACACUAGCUACAAUUCCAUUGAUUGUUAUGGGUUGUGUCAUGCUAAGAAGAUGUCAUACCAACACAUGUGCAGUUGGUAUUGCUACUCAAGACCCUUACUUAAGAAGCAAGUUCAAAGGUCAACCAGAACAUGUUAUCAACUUUUUCUACUAUCUAAUUCAAGACUUAAGACAAAUCAUGGCCAGAUUGGGCUUCAGAACAAUUGAUGAAAUGGUUGGUCACUCCGAAAAAUUAAGAAGAAGAGCGGAUGCUAAUCCAAAGGUGAUAAAUAUUGACUUGACACCAAUUUUAACACCAGCUCAUACUAUUCGACCUGGUGUUGCUACAAGAUUCACCAAGAAACAAGACCAUAAACUUCAUACACGUUUGGAUAACAAACUAAUUGAUGAGGCCGAAGUUACUUUAGAUAAAGGUCUACCUGUUAAUAUUGAUGCCAACAUCGUUAACACUGACCGUGCCCUAGGUUCGACACUUUCUUACCGUGUAUCUAAGAGAUUUGGUGAGAAUGGUCUCCCAAGGGAUACCAUUGUCGCAAAUAUCAAUGGUUCUGCUGGCCAAUCAUUUGGUGCAUUUUUGGCUUCAGGUAUCACAUUUAUCCUUGACGGUGAUGCUAACGAUUAUGUUGGUAAGGGUUUAUCAGGUGGUAUUAUUGUUGUUAGACCUCCAAAGAAUUCCAAGUUUAAGAGUGAUGAGAAUGUUAUCGUUGGUAAUACAUGUUUCUAUGGAGCUACUUCAGGUACCGCAUUCAUUGCUGGUAGUGCAGGUGAACGUUUCGCUGUUAGAAACUCUGGUGCCACAAUUGUAGUGGAAAGAGUUAAAGGUAAUAACGCAUUUGAAUAUAUGACAGGCGGUAGAGCCUUAGUUCUUUCUCAAUUAGAAUCCAUUAAUGCCUUCUCGGGUGCAACUGGUGGUAUUGCUUAUUGUUUGACAUCUGAUUAUGAUGCAUUCCUAUCUAAGAUAAACAAAGAAACAAUCGAACUUGAACAUUUAGAGGACCCUGUUGAAAUUGCUUAUGUCAAGAACUUGAUUCAAGAACAUUACAACUUUACGAAGUCCGAAUUAGCAUCCAAUAUUUUAGGCAACUUCAACCAUUACUUGAAAAAAUUUGUUAAAGUUAUUCCAAGUGAUUACAAGAAGGUGUUACUAAAGGAAGCCGAAGAAAAAGCAAAGGAAAAAGAAAAUGCAACAGCUGAAUAUCUAAAGAAGCUAGGUUCUCCUGCAGAACCUGGUUUGGAUGCUACAAAUGGAGAGGUUGCAAAAAUGCAGGCAGCCAAGCGCCAAGCUAUUUCCCGUGCUGUGAUUUCCAACAAGUCCACAUUACAUGAACCUAAGGUGUUAGACUUGGAGGAAGCUGUUCCUGAUGCUAAGCAAAUGGAGAAAAAUGCUGAAAAGGUUGUAAAGAUGAAUGGUUUUAUGAAAUACAAUGUUCGCCACGAAGGACAUAGAGAUCCUGCCACUAGAACAAAAGAUUGGAAGGAAUUCACAAAGCCUGUCUCCAAGCGUGACGCAAAAUACCAAACUGCUAGAUGUAUGGAUUGUGGUACUCCAUUUUGUCAAUCUGAUACUGGUUGUCCUUUAUCAAAUAUUAUUCCAAAGUUCAAUGAACUUGUUUUCAAGAACCAAUGGAAGCUUGCUCUAGACAAGUUGUUAGAAACCAACAAUUUCCCAGAAUUUACAGGUAGAGUUUGUCCUGCCCCAUGUGAAGGUGCUUGCACCCUGGGAAUCAUUGAAGAUCCAGUUGGUAUCAAAUCUAUUGAAAGAAUCAUUAUUGAUAAUGGUUUCAAGGAAGGUUGGAUUAUUCCAACUCCUCCUUCCACGAGGACUGGUCGUCGCGUUGCAAUUAUUGGUUCCGGCCCUGCAGGUAUGGCUUGUGCUGACAUGUUAAACAGAGCAGGCCAUUCAGUGACUGUGUUUGAGAGAGCUGAUCGCUGUGGUGGUUUACUGAUGUACGGUAUUCCAAAUAUGAAACUGGAUAAAUCUAUUGUUCAACGUAGACUAGAUUUACUCUCAGCUGAAGGUAUUGAAUUCGUUACCAACACAGAGAUAGGUAAAGAUAUCACCGUUGAUGAACUGAAGAGUAACUACGACUCUGUUGUGUAUGCAAUUGGUUCAACUAUUCCAAGAGAUUUGCCAAUAAAAGGUCGUGAAUUGAAGAAUAUUGAUUACGCAAUGAACCUCCUUACUGAAAAUACAAAGGCAUUAUUAUCAAACGAUCUUGAGACUAUCAGGAAGCAGAUUGAAGGUAAGAGAGUUCUCGUCAUUGGUGGUGGUGACACAGGUAAUGACUGUUUGGGUACCUCUGUUAGACAUGGCGCUAAAUCUGUUGUUAAUUUUGAACUGCUACCACAACCACCAAACGAGCGUGCCAAGGAUAACCCAUGGCCACAAUGGCCACGUAUAAUGCGUGUAGACUAUGGUCAUGCUGAAGUUAAGGAACAUUACGGUAGAGAUCCUCGAGAAUACUGUAUCUUAUCUAAGGAGUUCAUUGGUGAUGAAGAGGGUAAUGUUACAGGUAUUAAAACUGCACGUGUUGAAUGGAAGAAAUCACAAAGUGGUGUUUGGCAGAUGGUUGAAGUCCCUAACAGUGAGGAACUGUAUGAAGCUGAUAUUGUGUUACUAUCUAUGGGUUUCGUUGGACCAGAAUUACUGAACAACGAUACUAACAUCAAGAAGACUAGAAGAGGUACAAUUGAAACACUAUCACAUUCAUCAUACAAUAUUGACGGCGGUAAAAUGUUUGCUGCUGGUGAUUGUAGAAGAGGUCAGUCAUUGAUUGUCUGGGCCAUUCAAGAAGGUCGUAAGUGUGCUGCCGCUGUUGACGAAUUUUUAAUGGGCGAUACUUACCUCCCAGGUAGCGGUGGUAUUGUGAAACGUGAUUACAGGUUAUUAGAGGAACUAGCUGCCACAGUAUGA